UUCUUUAUCGUCGCUUGAUAAGAGUUGUGUUAAACAUGUCUGGAAGAGGCAAAGGCGGUAAAGGGCUCGGAAAAGGAGGCGCCAAGCGUCACCGUAAAGUUCUGCGCGAUAACAUCCAGGGAAUCACCAAACCCGCCAUCCGUCGUCUCGCUCGCCGUGGCGGUGUCAAGCGCAUCUCCGGUCUGAUCUACGAGGAGACCCGCGGAGUGUUGAAGGUGUUUCUGGAGAACGUCAUCCGCGAUGCCGUCACCUACACCGAGCACGCCAAGAGAAAGACCGUGACCGCCAUGGAUGUUGUGUACGCGCUGAAGCGACAGGGACGCACUCUGUACGGCUUCGGAGGAUAAACUUCUGAAACCAGGAACAACUACACCAACCCAACGGCUCUUUUAAGAGCCACCCACUCUCUCACAUAAAGAGCCAGUGAAAUCUUAUUGAUAAAAUGCUUUGUUUCUUUGAUUCAGAAAAAUGUUACAAAAUAUAAACUGUUUCACAAUAAAAUAUCGGGACUAUCAGUA